CUGAUCAGCUGGGACUUGGGAGGCAGAGAAUAGAUGGGGGCGGGGCCAAUCAGAAUUUUUACUACCGGUUCUCCAAAUUACUCAAAAUUUCUGCUACCAGUUCUCCAGAACUGGUUAGAACCUGUUGAAACCCACCUCUGAAACCACCUUAAACAUGAGUCAGUUGCCAAGCGGCUAAAUUUUGAUCACUUGACAAUGGGGAUACUGCAAUGCUUGCAAGUUUGAAAAAUGGUCAUAAAUCACUUUUUUCGGUGCUGGGUUGUAACUUCAAGCAGUGACUAAACCAACUGUUGUAAGUUGAAGAUCACCUGUACAACUGUAUUUCUUUACAUGUCAGGAUCCAGUUUAUAGGACUUAAAAAGUGUCUUUCUAAAUAGCGCAUCCAGAUGAAGAACUUAGUUAAGUUCCACCAGCCAUCUUGUCCUCUCCAUCCCCUUUUUGGGGGGAUGGGGUGGGGUUGUACCCACGUUGUUGAAUCAACGGCUCUUAGUAAUUCGAAAUUUGGCUACAACAUCAAAUGAUCGCUUGGAGAUGAUUUUUGUCCCGGGGCUCCAACGCAAGGCCGAGUCCCCUCCGACGCCCUCCGGAUCUGUGUCCGAAAGGCCCCGGCCUUCCCCGCUUUCGGUCAGCCCAGCGAGAAACCGGCCCUUUCCCUCUGGCGCCUUGCAGGGUUCUGGCACCGGCAGCCGGGGGUCCUGAUGAGAGGAGCCGGGCGCUUUUCCAAAUUUUAUUCAACUCCCCCCACACACACACACCUCCCCGCCUCCAGGGCCAGGAGGACCCCAAGCGCUCGCCAAGCCAGCCCUUCCCGCUGAGGCGUCCCUGGCUGCCAUGCAGACGGCCAAGGUAAAGACGGAGCGGGAACGCGUGUCAAGGCGGGGAAAAAGAAGCGGGGCGACGCCUUUGGACCUGCCCGCGGUGCCAUCUUCGACCUCAGGGUUCGGAGGCCGUUUUGCUCCAGUCUGGAUCGCUUUGCAAAACGUGCGCUCUUGCGCUUCUUCGUCCCCGUUCGGCAUCUGCGGGCAAGCGGGACGGCUUGAGCCCACAGCCAGCGAAGCGCCGCGCUUCCUUUCGUCGCUGCUGCUGCUGUUUCUUGCGAGCUCGCGUGGGAAAUAAAAAGAGCGGCCGUCUGGCUAAGAUGAAGGCGAGGAGGGCAAGGCGCUCUCGGGGCUUUGGGCUGCGGGCAAAAGGGCGAGCUGUCGGGACGAGCAAAGUUAGAGCGCGCCUUUGGAGAGACGGGCUGGCGGCGGGAUGGAUACUGGUUUCUCUACUUUUGUGUGGCCUGGGUUUCCCCAGAGUAGAAGCUGUCAAAAUAAGCAAGCGUCCCAUGCGCUCUCGAUCCUGUGCAGACCGACCUGAGGAGCUUUUGGAACAGCUGUAUGGAAGACUCACAGCUGGCAUGCUUAGUGCCUUCCAUCACACCCUGCAAUUGGAGCCCUUGGAAAAUGACCAGAAUAUCAGCUGUCCAGUGGGAGGCAGGCUAGCUACUGACAAGAAAUACCAGCUUCCCAUCAAUCUCAACAGUGUCUCCCCUUGGUCCUACAGAAUCUCCUACGAUUCUACUAGGUAUCCAAAAUACAUUCCUGAAGCCUACUGCCUUUGCAAGGGCUGUCUUACAGGUGAUUACGGAGAAGAAAAUCUCCAUUUUCGAAGUACGCCAGUAUUUAUGCCGACAGUCAUCUUGCACCGAACCACAUCCUGCACGGGAGGCCGCUACGUUUACACUGAGGAUUAUGUCUCUAUUCCGGUGGGCUGCACCUGUGUACCAGAACACGAAAAGGAGGCACAGCAAGUGAAUUCCAGCAUAGAUAAAAGAGCAGUAAAAUUGCUGGGGAAUCAGAAUAAUGACAAGCCAGCAUCCAAAUGAGG